AUGGAGUGUAACAAUGAGCAUCUAUUUCUGACCAUCGAACUGUGUAGUACAAUAGCACGUCAUUUUCAGAGGGGAGACUCCGUGGACACAGUGCUGGGGUCCCCUGAGACGGCUCGGCCUCGUGCCCGUCACGAUCAGGCGCCCCCAGCACCGGGCCGGUGUCGACCGCGGCCGCCAUCUUGGGACGAGGUGUCCCGCGAGGAGCGUGUGGAGCUGGGCGUGCUGCCGCCACCGGUCCCACUGCCGCUGCCUCUGCCGCCAGCGCCCAAAAAGCCUUCCUGGAGGCAGGAGUCCAUUUCUGUAGACCUCGGCAGUUCUUCCGAAGACUCUUCUGAGUCCUCUAGCAGUGGUGCUGAGGAAGAAGGGUUUGACCAACGAGCAGGUGUGUCGUGGGAAGUACAAAUGUUGGCUCGUGAAAUGGAGAGGCAAGAGCAAGAACAGCAACGAAUUACAAAUUCUGAGUUGAAUAUGCUGCAAAGGCUUGUUGAUGAACAACAUCCAGAGGUAAGGAGCAAGUGA